ACUGGCAGCUACCUGUCUCCCAGUCUCCAGGAUCUUCUCGGUUUUCACACACUCAGAAUGGGUCUGUGCUUCAUCGUUCAUCUCUUUGCUGUGACUUCCUGCUCUGUGUCAAGAGCGGUACGACAUCUGUCCUCGAGCUGGUUACAACACACAACACAGGCCCUGCAUCAGAGCACACAGACACUGGAGUCUGACGGACAGGUGACAACACACAAGCAAGACAAACAGAGAUCUGGGACAGACAACCUGAGCCCUGUGCAGCUUUCUCAGGAGAUGGAAUUCGCCUGCAGUCAUGUGGUGUGUAACUGGCAGCCAGUGUCAGAUGUUCCAGCUCUGUACGCUGCUGUGCCCAGUGGCUCUUACUCCAGCUGGGAUGGGUCUACCCAGUCUGCUGCACAAGGGCCCAGCUCCUCCAGUUAUCGAGACUAUCAUGACUAUGACAACCGCAUUGCUGUCAUCCCCCGCAGUCACCAGGGCUACCAGGAUGUGUCCCAUAGUUGCAAUGAGAGGAACCUGAAGGCCAAUGUGAACGUGGUAUCUGUGAGUGUGGGCCGGCUGGUGGACAUCACUAAAGCUGCAGAUAUACAGCAGUUUCAGAACCCCUUUUACUGCAAGAGCUGUCAAGGUUCCUUGUCAGCCCUGAGCGUCCCACGCCAUCGACAGCAGGGCACUGUCUGGUGCUGUGAGUUCUGUGGACAGGAGAACGUUCUCCCCAGCACGGCCAGCCACCUUUCUCACAGCCGGGAUGUCUUAUACGUGAGCGAGGACAUGGAUGGAGACUAUAUCAACUUGGAAGACAUGCUGGUGGUGUUUUGUGUGGACAUUUCAGGAAGCAUGAGCGUGACAGACGAGGUAUCAACUGCAAGCAAAGCAAAAACUCCUCUCUACAUCUCCAGACUGCAGAGUGUACAGGAUGCUCUCCUGAAGUCGCUGAACUCACUGCUAAAGACGAGUCCUCGACGCCGAGUCGCUCUUGUCACCUUCAAUGAUGAGGUGACAGUGUAUGGGGAUGGAACUACGGUCCCACUGACACUGAGAGACUGGGGUCUGAUGGACUAUGACCACCUGAAAUCACAGGGCGAGAAUUUUACCACCCCUCACUGCAUCGCAGAGAGCAUCUUGCCACUGAGCCGGAAAGUUCAGGAAAUGAAGGAACAUGGAGCCACUGCACUGGGUCCAGCAGCACUCAUCUCCAUAGCGAUGGCUUCUAGAUACAUGGGUUCAAAGGUUAUAAUCUGCACUGAUGGGAGAGCGAAUAUUGGCCUGGGUGACCUGGAGGAAGAGCCCACACCUUCCUCCUCCUACUUCUACAGCCGCCUUGCAGAAGAGGCGUCAGCCAAGGGGGUGAUAGUAUCAGUGCUGACAUUUAAAGGCACUGACUGCAGACUGGUGGAGGUGGGAACCCUGGCAGACCGCACUGGAGGGAAGGUCAACAUCGUCAAUAUCAGCAAUGUGUCAUCAGAGAUCCAGUCACUACUAAAGGAUAACAUUAUAGCCACCAGUGUCAAGGCUACCCUGCUGUCAGCUGAUGGCAUAUUCUACCCCUAUGAAGAUCACUGCUCACACAAGUUGGUUAAGGAGGUUGGGAAUGUGACCGAGGGCCUGGAGAUCACCUUUGAAUUUGCUGUCAAACCCUCCAGUGUGGAGAGUUUUCUGCGGAGGGACAGACUUCCCUUUCAACUCCAACUGGAUUUCAAGACACGGGAGCUGCAGAAAGCCACCCGCAUCCUCACAGAGCAGAGGAGAGUAACAACCAGCAGCUGGGUAUGGACUGGCAGUCUGAACAUGUCAGUGCUUGGAGUGCACUGUGCCCAGUUGUGUGCCCGCCUCACUAUGGAAGGCAGAGUCUUGGAGGCACAGAGACAGCUGCAAGCACAACAAGAACUCCUGAAGCAAAUCAGUGACAAGCAGCCUAACACCAAUGAGGAGAGUGUUUAUGGCAAUUGGAUCAGCACCAUGAGCCAUAUUUGUGAAGAUCUCACAGAAAACACACAGAGGUCCAGAGAUCUGCCGCAGAGCAAGACAGUCCCAGUGAAGGGUCUCUCAGAUGAAGCUGCCAAUGUGGUGUACCAGAUGAAGAGGGCAAAGAGCAUCGCACUGAGGAGACAUCCAUCUGAUACACUGGGGCUGUGAACCACAGCAUCUGCAUCACCCUGUAAUAGUGCACUGUAGUACACCUUAUAGUAAUUUUAUAGAUCUGCAGCUACUGAGUGGUUCCAACUGCAAAUGUGCUUAUUCAGAGCAUUAGUUCAGACAUGCCAUCUGAAACUUGCUACUGUAGCUUGGGUUAUGUGAUAUACCCACUGUGAUUGGGUCUGACAUUCUCCUCUAGAACCUUGAUACAAUACAGAGUUCAUAGUUGUGUCAAUGACAGCCUGCCACCCAGGUCCUGAAGCAGCAAAGCAGCCCCAAACCACCACUCUCACCACUAUUUUUGAUGGUUUGGAUGUGGUUCUUCUGUUUGAAAGCAAUGUUUGGAACAUUUGAAACAAAUGUUUCUCUUUGAGGCCAAAGAGUUCUACAGUACCUUUGACUUGGCUGCAGAGAAAACAUUGUUCCAGAAGCCUUGUGAAUGAUCUAUGUGCUCUUUAGUGAAUUUCAGAUGGGCAGCAGUGUUCCUUUUGGGAAGAAGUGGUUUUCUUUUUGCUAUUCUUCCAUGAACACCAUUUUUGUUCAGUCAUUUUCUGAAGUUGAGUCAUGAACAUUAGCCAAGGUGAGAGUGGCCUGCAGUUCCUUGGAUGUUACUCUGGUGUUCUUUUUAACUUCCUUGAUGACUUUCCAGUUUGCUCUUAGAAAGAUUUUAGUAGGAUGAAUGCUCCUAGUUAGAAUGACUGUGGUCUCAAGCUUUCUCCAUUUGUAGACUGCCUGUUUGAGAGUGGACUGAUGAAAUCCUUAGAAAUCGUUCUUCCAGACAGAUGAGAAACAAUAACUCUUUUUCUGAGGUCCUUAGAUCUUAUUUCCUAAGAUCUUGGCCUGACUUGUUUCUACACACUAGCAUGGUGAAACCAAACUCACAAUGAAACAAAAAAAUAAAUAAAAAUGUUUCUGAUCUUUAUAUAGGAUUGGGCCUUCCAAACUCAGACCCAAACAUCUAUUCAAUUAUUCAAACGCCUGUUUCUAAUUAUUUCCUUGACUAAGCUAAUGAAACUAGGGAAGCACUUAAGUGUACCUCCCCCUGUGCCUUAACUACUCAUUUGUGUUUAAUUACGUCAGUUUAAGUCAAGACUUACUCAAAUUUACGCUGGUUUGGAUUUAAGAAGGCUACGAGUGAUUUUCUCAGCACUUCCCUGCUUCUCAAUGUCCAAGUGUCACUAUCAUUAUGUAUCUGUUUCUGUCAUUUUGGAGGAAGACAGUUUUCACAACUAUCCUGCUAUCUCUUCCAGUUAUACAGGUCAUUUAAUUACAGCUUGGCAGUUUGAAUAUGGAAGAUGCAUAUUGAAGAUACAUUUUAACUUUGCCAUCUUAUAACCUGAGAAAAGUUUUAAUUAAGAAAAUACCUGAGAUUAAAUAUUGUAAUUGGUUUUAUA